AUUUUGCGAUCGCACUAAGCCUAGUAGUGGUACAGACUGAGUAGGCCCUCUGUCUCCGUCUAAUCCCCGGGUUCGGGAUACCCGGUACCUACAACGGCUCGGCCAUCGACACGUGAUCGUGACCCUGGGUCUUGGCAUUCGACAGGACAGCUCGAACAGCUGUCUCCUCGAUAGGCAACACCAUUGAAGCCAACUUGACCUUGCAGCCCACCAAAGAAUACUUGACAUUCUCUCUGACAAGUCUCAGCCUACUCUAGCAACAACAUGUUCACUUUCGGCCUUGGUGGCCUCUUCUAUGUCGCCGUUCUCCUCAUCAACGCGAUAGCCAUUCUCUCUGAAGACCGAUUCCUCGCACGCAUUGGUUGGACUGCGGGCGCAGCAGAGCCUGGCUUUGGGCAACGAGACGAUGCGAGCAUAAAGGCACGAUUAAUAAACCUGGUUUCUUCAGUACGAACACUUAUGAGAAUACCGCUCAUGUUCAUCAACACACUCAUGAUUGUCUACCUCCUGGUUCUUGGGUGAACAACGCGCGCAUACAAAAGCAUUCGAGCCCGGCUUUCCACACCGAGCAUCAGCAUAGCAAGAUGCGGGACUCAACGCGCCCGGACAUAGGAGGACGUGAAUGAGGCGAUCCGCUGUUCGAGGCAAUACCAUUGGCACCAGACGAUCGAUGUGUAGCGCGGCGUUAGAAGGACCAUAGGCUCGACCUACA